AUGAACACCCAUCCCAGCAUCUCUUCGAGCGCGUCUUCAACGCACGCCGAUCAUACUCAACAAAUUACGGGGCUCGAGAAAGAGCAUCCUGACGUCGAGAAGGCCAACACACGGGACGGCGCCGACCAGGCGGACGACUACCCUGAUGGUGGUCUGCGAGCGUGGCUUGUCGUUCUCGGAACUACGUCAGGGAUAUGCGCCACCUUCGGCUUCGUCAAUGCGUGGGGUGUCUUCCAGGCGUACUAUGAAGAAGUCACUUUGAGGAAUACGUCUCCUUCCGACAUUGCUUGGAUUGGAUCUCUACAGUAUGCAUUGGUCUUCAUGCCCGGCCUAGCCUUCGGCAGGCUCUUCGACAUGGGCUAUCUCCGACUCCCCGUCUUCGUCGCCUCUGCACUGCUCAUAGCCUGCACAUUCCUCACCGCCGAAUGCACCAAGUUCUGGCACUUCAUCCUCUGCCAAGGUUUCGGCAUCGGCCUCGCUAGUGGCGCGGUAUUCACCACUGCGGCGGGGGUCGUCCCGCAUUGGUUCCGAAAGAAACUUGGCCUCGCACUUGCUUGUAUGGCUGGAGGCUCGAGUAUCGGCGGGACCAUCUUCCCCAUCAUCCUCAAGAACCUCAUCGAGUCCCAGGGCUUCAAAUGGACCCUCCGCAUCACGGGCUUCAUCAUGGCCGCAUUCCUUAUAGUCCUCAACCUCGCCAUCGCACGGAGGCUGCCCCCCAAACCGAACCAGGGUCCCUUUAUUAACCUCGCCGUAUUCAAGGACGUCACAUACUCUAUCUACUGCCUAGCUCUUUUUGUUGGCUUCCUGGGACUCUACACCUGCUUGACAUACCUCUCCAUCAGCGGGGUAGUAGCGGGAAUAGACCCGGACUUGUCAUUCUACCUGCUCUCCAUCGCCAAUGCGUGCUCCCUAUUAGGCCGGCUUGGUGGCGGCGCUUCGGCUGAUCGCGUCGGUGCAAUGAACGUCCUCAUCCCCGGUACUCUAGCAGCGGGUGCUUUGACUUUCGCCUGGCCGUUCGCGAAGACUACGGGUUCCCUCGUGACUGUUGCAGUCCUCUACGGAAUAUCGUCAGGGAUAUUUGUGGCCAUCAUGGCGCAGCCAAUCGUGCGCAUGGGGAAGAUUACGGAGGUCGGCAUGCGCACGGGCAUGGCCUUCACGGUCAUGUCGCUCGGCGCGCUCGCUGGUCCUCCUAUCUCUGGUGCGAUUCUCGACCACACAGGGUCAUUUGAAAACGUUGGGUACUUUGCAGGGUCGACCAUCUGUGGGUCGGUAUUGCUGAUGAUUGUGGCACGCCAUUUGGUUCUCGGCAAAUUGUUUGGCAAUGCCUGAUCUUGAACAAACUUUCUUUACCUCGUUAUACCUCCGGCGCUUCAACCUAGACUCACGUUUUCGCGGGCACAUGACGUCACGACACUGAAGUUAUAGAAUAAAGACUAUACCAUUUAGAGGCCUUUAUCUUUUCCACCACUACCGU